AUGAAGCCCUGGCACGAAAAGGCCCUCAAGCGUGGGCGUACACCUCUGCCAGAAGGCCCAGACCAAAGGCCAUGGUCCCCCUUGCAACCAUCUGAGCGUCUGUCUACAAAUUCGGAGGUGCUAGGCGCUUCCCAAGACCCCAAUCACGCGGAAGAUGCGUACCAACCCCGGCUCCAGCCAAAGCCAGCUAACCCGUCGUACCGUUUCUGGGAGGAGUCUGAACAAGCGUUUCCUAACCGCACCCUUGAGGCGCUUAAGCAAACCUUCCACAAGCGAAGACAUGCAGUGGAACAAAAGAUCGGGGAGGAGAAACCCAACGAAAGCUUAGCAGAGAAGGAUCAGAUCAAGUCCUCGGCCUAG